AUGUCCGAACAAGGCUCUUCAAACUAUAUAAAGUUGGGAAGUUAUGAGUACAAUCCUGCCGACAUUCUUGGAAGUGGCGCUUUCGCCAUAGUUUAUAAAGGUCGAUUUAGCGAUAAUCAUGAUCAGAAGGUUGCAAUAAAGCAAAUGAUCAAAGGUCAGAAUGUUUUGAAGUCGAAAACUCUCCUCAGCAAGGAGAUUUCUGUCCUGAGGAUUUCUAAUACUGGAGUCUACCUUGUCAUAGAAUUCUGCAACGGUGGCGACCUAUCCGAAUAUUUGCAUAUCAAAAAGACCCUUCCAGAAGAAACAAUCCGGCAUUUUCUAAUCCAAAUUGGGUCUGCAAUGGACGCCAUGAAUAAGCGAGCUAUUAUGCACCGUGAUCUGAAACCGGGGAACAUUCUAUUAAGCUACUAUGGCAACUUUUCUUCCGUUGGCGACGUCCCAGGUCAUCUGAUAACCUUCAAAUUGGCCGACUUCGGUUUUGCACGGUUUUUGCAGGACGGUAUCAUGGCCGAGACCAUGUGUGGGUCUCCGAUGUACAUGGCCCCCGAAGUUUUGAUGUGCCGAAAAUACGAUGCCAGAGCAGAUAUCUGGAGCAUGGGCGUCAUCGUGUAUCAGUGCUAUGUAGGCAGAGCACCAUUCUAUGCAAACAGUCCGGAAGCCCUGAAAAAUAUCUAUGAAAAGACGGUUGAUCUGAAGCCCAAGUAA